AUGGCACUCUACGAGGAAGAAUACGAGACCGCAACACCGCUAAUCGCGUCGCUUCUCUGGGGUCUACCGGACGAGCCAACCGACGCUCUAUUGAAGCAAUUGAAGGCCCUCAACACACAGAUUCGAAGGAAAAACAGCCACGCCAAACGUCAACAGAAUGAAGGCCUAAUUGACGUUGAUUUGCUCCCUCUACUGAGGAAUCAGAUCCAAGAAGCGGCCAAAAGCGACAAAGGACCAGAUGAAAAGCUGUUUCUGCAAACGCAGACAGACUUGGAAGAGGCUAUAUCUCUGGCCAAGUGGCCAAAGACAUGGAACAUUGAGUUGGAUCAGUUCAGAGAGUAUUGUGCCGCAUUAGCGGAUGACAAUGUCUCUAAUAUAGAGAGUACGCAGGAUUCUUCUAGUUCUACUGAAGAAUCAGAACUCUCGGACUUGGAUGAACUCUUCGACGAAGAUCUCAUGGAUUGGCAGAUCGCAAUCCCUUUGGAUAUUAUACGUCACAAGGCCGAGAAAACCCAUGGGAUUCCAUUCAUGCCAGGCCCGAUCCUGGGUUGGUCAGGAGAUGAACGAUCUGGAUAUUCCCUUAUCAUCGGGAGCCAGUGUCAAGGGAAAAAAAUUGCGCGUGUGAUGCGAUCCACGUAUCUACCCGCACACCUUGAUGAUAGUAUGAGCAUAGAACUGAAUACCCGUGCUCAUAGGCAAGUUGAUGGCGUGACAUAUGAUUCCAAAGUCAUUGAUGGAGUGGGGCUGGUCGCCUGGAGAGUUUGCGGCAAGCAUGAGCUAGAUCCUACUUUGUCUCUACACCCUGGGACAACAACAUCGUAUCCAGAGGCUUACGUAUGGGUCCAGUGGUAUGAUGGAGUCUGGACUUGGGAAACUCGCGAAGACUUCCACGAUAUCAUAAUACAGGGAAAAGCUUACCGGGGAACGACCUAUCUACCGGGAGGUGUUGGCUUCUGA